AUGUGCCUGUUGGGCACCGAAGUGGUGAAAAAAAGUCUCAAAUGGACAUGCAAAGCUUGUGGGGAGAAGCAGUCAUUUUUGCAGGCUUACGGCGAGGGCUCUGGUGCAGACUGUAGACGCCAUGUCCAAAAGUUAAAUCUGCUUCAGGGACAGAUUUCAGAGACGUCACUCAGGAAGCAGAGGUCUCUGGAGGAAUCCGUGAGUGCCGACGAGGAGGACAGCGCAGGUCCUGGGUGGGCUGUGCACGCGGGUCUGCAGGAGAAACCCCAGCCCUCAAAGAACCGCUGGCUGAAGUAUCUGGAAAGGGACUCCGAAGAGCCGGGGCCAGAAGGAGGAGCGUGUUCCAACAGACAGCCCUCACCCGAGACAGAGAAGCCAGAGCCUCCCCGCCGCACAGGCCUGCCUAGGAAAAGGAAGUGGAGCCAGAGCGCAGUCCAGCCUCCGUGCAGCCCUGAUGUCCAGGACUCCAGAAACCGUGGCGUCACCUUGGAGCCCCUGAAGGACUGCACUGGCCUGGCAGGGAAGGCCGAAGGAGGACGCAGCCGUGAGGACAGGGGCACCAGGGAGCUCGUCGUUCCUUGGGGGGAGCCACCACGUCCUGCCCAGCAGGUCGGGGCCACAUCUUCCAAGUGGGAACCAUUCCUUCUACCACAUGUGGACGUGGAGCCCCUGACACUCCUGCAGAGAGGCUCCAAGCCAGCCCGGGCAGCACAGGCUGAGCAGGGGCCCCCUGGGGCCCAGACCCCAAGGGAAGGAGGCUUCAGCACGACCCCUGGGGUACAGACCCCUCCUCAGGCCACACACACGUCCACGCCUGGGCCCAAGGGGCACUGUGGGAAGACCCCAGAGCAGUCAUGGGGCACAGGCCCUUGGGCAGGGGGUGAGCCCUUGGGCAGAGGGGCGCAGGAGCCUUCUCUCAUGCGACUGUGUGACCUCUUUAAAACCGGUGAGGACUUGGAUGACGAUCUGUGAACUGAAACUAAUGUCAUUUGUUACGUGAACCCUUCUUCACUUGACCUCUGCCACUGGAAACAGGGCCCCAUGUUGCUUUUCAGUAGCAGGACUGAGGGUGAUUUACAGGAACUGCCAAAGACUGACAAUAAACGCAGCUAUCAAACAGAUCACCUCUCGUUGCAGCAUCUUUGAUUAAAGUGCUUAUACCAUUUAAUUAGAUUGUUUACAAAUAGGAUAACAGGAUGGCUACAAAGUGAUUUUCUUACUUUAAAAGCAGUUGACACAUUGGAAAAACAAGAGAAAGCUAGUGGUUACGAAACAGGCAGUACUCAGUGAACACCAACGUCAGCUCCCCUCAGCCCUUCCUCCCAGACACGCA